GACACAUCCGGUUCCGUCCUGCGCCAUUUUGAUGAAACAGCGAGGGGACGAGCAGCCUGGAUCACCGACGAGGAUUUUAUGGAUUAAACUCGAAGAAUCGUCAGGAUACUCAACUUUACACUUUUCAUGGUGGAAAAUGACCGUGGACCGAAGAGGAACAUUUGAGUCUUGACCGCGUAACUGGUGGAUUUUUGUUAGAUUAUUCGACAGCUAACUUGGCUAGCAUUGUUAGCAUAGCAGUAUUGAGCAGUAACCGUUAGCUCUUGUUAGCGAAGAGGGAACGUUAGCUAAUCUCGAGGUGUAGCAUGUUAGCCUUGGCAUUAGCUAACUCGCCAGUCCUGACAUUUAUACGGUAGAAUACGUCUUCAUAAAUAUUCACUUUGAGGUCUAAUAGCAGUAAAGCUUGGGGAGUCGUUGCGGAAGCUUUAACGCAAUUUUGUGGACUUUUUGUGGUGGCUCGGUAGUGUUGUUUUCACUUGAAAAAUAAGAAACUGUUACAAACGAAGGCAAAACAUUACCAAAAGGACUGAUGUCGAGGGAACCCGAGGCCCGCUGCUAGCUACUCUAGCGGCUUGCAGCGCGGCGGCCCUGGGCUUUCCACCAAGGACAAUUCACCACGGACUUGGCCUCAUUGACAUCGUUGUAAGAAAAGAUUUACAUUGUGCUACACGGACUCUCUUGGAUUUGGUGGCAUCUUGUUGGGUUUUAUCGGACUUUAAAAGAACUUACGAGGCACACGGCGCCACUCAAUGGCGCUCUGGCCUCACACCUCGAUUAUUUUUCUUUGGCAAUAACAAGGACUCUGUCGCCAUCUGGGAGCUGAACCCUUCCCCAUUUUAGUCCUUUCUUUGUCCACAGUGUUUCAGCGAAUAUAAAGAAGGUUUACUUAUUAAAGUCACCAGAUUUAGCCUCCUGUGUUCAGUGUUGACGCUGUUUUAUUUUGUUAUCAUACCAGGCCUGUGUUUUUUCCCUUGUGCUUGAUUAAGUGCUUAGACCUGUGAAAAUGUCGUGUGUUCACUAUAAGUUUUCUUCCAAACUGGAUUACAACACAGUCACUUUCGAUGGGCUGCAUAUCACCCUCAGCGAGCUUAAAAGGCAGAUUAUGGCCCGGGAGCGCCUCAAGGCCACAGACUGCGACCUGCAGAUCACCAAUGCGCAGACUCGAGAGGAAUAUACAGAUGAUGAAGCCCACAUCCCGAAACACUCGUCCGUGAUUGUCCGCCGUACUCCGAUUGGUGGAGUAAAACCUGCUGGCAGGACGUUCAUUGUAGAUCGUUCUGACACAGCUGUGGUGGGAUCUUCUAGACCCACUGAUUCUUCUCCUUCUUUGUCACUCGCCCAACUCGCCAAGACUGCUAACCUGGUUGACGCAAACGCAUCAGAGGAGGACAAGAUUAAAGCCAUGAUGUCUCAGUCCAACCAUGAAUAUGACCCGAUACAUUACUCCAAGAAGGCAGUUGGACCUCCACCUGCUCACUAUACCUGCUUUCGUUGUGGAAAGGCUGGUCACUACAUUCGGCAGUGCCCUAUGCUGAUGGUCCAGGAUAAAAGCGUAGAGGGUCCGAAGCCAGUAAGGAUUAGUAAGGGCAUUCCUCAGAGCUUCAUGGUGAAAGCAGAACCUGGCACCAAAGGAGCCAUGUUAACCAGCACUGGAGAAUAUGCUAUACCUGCAAUAGAUGCGGAAGCGUAUGCACAAGGAAAGAAGGAGCGUCCUCCCUUUGUUCCACAUGACCAGUCAUCAUCCGAGGACGAUACAGACCCAAUCCCCGACGAGCUCCUGUGUCCAAUCUGCAAUGACCUUAUGACAGAUGCAGUAGUUAUACCCUGCUGUGGAAACAGUUACUGCGAUGAUUGUAUCCGGACUGCCCUGUUGGACUCAGAGGAGCAUGUCUGCUUCACAUGCAAACAGUCAGAUGUUUCACCAGAUAACCUCAUUGCCAACAAAUUUCUUCGACAGGCUGUGAACAACUUUAAGAACUUGACAGGCUACACCAAACAUGCACGCAAGCAGGUCCAACACACAGCACUGCCGCCGCCGCGCCCUCAGUUAUCAAGGCCUCUGCACUCGAGACAGCAGGAUCCACUGCUGGCCAAUGUCACUCACCCUCCCCAUUCGAACGUUUCUCCCACUGUCCCUCAAACGCAGGCCCAGCCCCCUGCAUCUGCACCCGCACCCGCUUCUGCUAGUACCACUGCUGCUCCCACUCCUCCUACUCCUCCUCACGCUGCUGCUGUCGAAGGUCAUGACGCCUCACCGGCCCCUGCGCCUGUGGUUGACCACCAUUCUCCUAUACACUCCACCAGCCAGGGCGAACCACCCCCACCAGGCGAGACAGAUCCAAAACCUACUGUGACACCAGGCUCAUCAGGCACCUCGGAAAGUGGAUCACAGGGCUACCAUCUACCUGUUAUUGGCCACCCGCCACCUCCAAGGCCGUCUCAUCCAUCAGGUCACCAGUCACGGCCCCACCACUCCAACAGAGGGGGAGGCAGACACUGGGAGAGGUCUUACAGAGGUAGAGGAGAGCUCCCCCCAACUCACCUCCAGACAGCUCCACCUCCUGCACCUGCCCCUCCAGUAUACCCAUCCCCGUCCCUGUACCCACCCCCACCACAGCCCUACCCUCCUCCGUACACCUCUGGCCCCGGCCUUAUUGCUCCUCCUGCCAUCGGUUACCAGCCCCAGCCUAUUUAUGCCCCUGGACCACCAGGGCUCAACCCCCCUUGGGUUGCCCCCGGUACUCAGCCGCCUCUAACCCAUCUUGCACCCUCCCUCUCUCAGCCCCCCCUCUCUAAGGAUGAUUUCUAUAGACCGCGGCACCGACAGGACAAAGUUACAUCCAAGCUGGAUGAAUUUACUAAAGACUUCCACAAAGAGCUUAUGAAGUACAGAAAUCCACCGAAGAGACGAAGACCGUCUUAUUCCAGAUCCCGGUCAUACAGUCGCUCUCCAUUCAGCCGCUCUCCUUACUCUCGCUCUAGAUCAAGAUCAAGGUCUAGGUCCAGGUCAAGGUCCAGGUCUUACUCUUAUUCCCCCAGCCGCUCCCGCUCCCGCUCCCGCUCCCACGGCCGGUCUUAUCCCCGCUCCCCUUAUUCCAGACGCAAUGGUCGCAGUUAUGGACGCUCCCGGACAAGGUCCCGCUCCCGCUCAAGGUCUUACGGGUAUCGACGCUCUGGCUCGCCACGUUCUCCUCCCUCCUACCGGGCUGGAGCCUGGGAGGGAGCAGAAGGAGCAGGGCCCUACAGGUCUAGGUCACGGUCUCGUUCCCCUGGGGGCUACAGGAGCCGCAGCCCUGGUGGAAGGAAGCCUCCUCCUCGAGAGCUAGCGCCUUAUGAACUGAAGGGGCCGAGUCCUGGAGGUCAUGAGCGCUGGGAGAGAGAAAGGUAUCGACAGUGGGAAAAGGAGUAUGCAGACUGGUACAACAAAUACUACAAAGACUAUGACAACCAGCAUCCGCCACUGCAUCACAGAGGUCGUGGCAGCAGAGACAGGGAGAGGGACAGACUGUCCCCAUUAUCCAGAGAUUACUCUCCCCAGGGGAGAGGAAGAAGAGGGAGAGAGGAGAGAGGUCCUCCCCCUCACCACCCUCCAUCCUCUUCCUCAUCAGGGACCAAAUCCAGCACUAAAGUCCUGAAGACAAAGAAAUUAAAAAAGAAGAAGACUGGCGAGGAACCAGAACCAUCACACCAGUCAGUGGACAGAGGUGAUGCUACUCCUGUCAGAGACGAACCAAUGGACGAAAUCCCUUCACUCACUAAAACUCCCCCCAUCUCCUCAAAGCCUCCAUCUAGCACCACAACUACUAAAGCUCCAGCUUCUAAAGGCACUGCUGCACCCGUUAAACCCUCAACCAAGGCCACAUCGAAGACUCCGUCUGAUAAGACCAAGAAAGAGAAGGCUCCAAAGCCAAAAGCUAAAGUGAAGACGGAGGCUGUGAAGGUAAAGAGUGAAAAGGUGAAGAAAAAGACUGGAGAGGGAGUGGUGGUCAAAAAGAGAGACUCCUCAUCCUCCUCCUCUUCUGUUGCUAAACCGGUAAAGACCAGUAAACCCAAGCCAGAAGAUAAUUUCAACUCAACUACCCCGAAAAAGGAAAAGAGUAAAAGCUCUGCUGUGAGGCCAGCCCUGCUCAAGACCCCUCCACUGUCCUCCCAGAGCCUACCUCUACCUCAUCCGUCUCUUCAUGAUGGCCCUCGGCCCAGCCACGACAUCCGGGGGAGACGAGAUCUUCCGCAAGGUGGCGGUCUCCUUCCCGUCCCCCAUCAACACGGAAUCCCACUCCUCCAUCGGCCUCCCUCUCCAGUGGACAGUCGGAGGAGGAUUGGAGAGGAGGGCCGCUCUUUGCUCGGAGCGCCCCCCGGAAAGCUGAGGAGGAUAGACGGGAUAGGGGGCGGCGGUGGUGAUAGCAUCUCCCACUCUCACAUGUCUCACCAGCCCCCGCUCCACAGACUCGCACCCUCCUCAGACAGACCCGGUCUCCUUCCCAUACCAGGGAGCCGCGAGAUGGGCCGAGGGGAUGCAGAUCGGGGACCCAUCAGACCUCUAAUGGACCUGCAGGUGAAGCUGCUGCCCCAGAGGAGAAUCAAGCUGAACAGAGAUCUGGGGAGAAAAGGCAGCACCGAGACGGCGGCCUCAGACCGAGCGUCAUCAGGUCCUGAGAAGGCGACGUCCACCUCAGACCGAUCAGCUGCUGCUAACAUCUUAGAAGAGGACCGACCCAGCAGUGCAACAGAAGGAGCUGGAAGAAAGGAGCGGUCUGCAUCAGCUGAGAGGGGAGUCUCUAGAGAGAGACCAGGGAGUGCGGGAGAGAGACCGCAGGGCUCGGAAAGAGAACAGGACAGAAGCUCGGGACAGGAUCGAGAGCGAGACAGAGCUUCUGGAUCAGACAGAGACAGAGACAGAGACAGAGAAAGAGACAGAGACAGAAGUGUGGCGUCCGACAGAGAGAGGGACAGGGUCUCAGGGUCAGGCUCACAGAAAACAUCAAGUACAGCGGAGAGAGACACAGAAGGAGAGAGGUCAACAAGGACCGAACGGAAGAACUCCAGUGGUGGAGGUGGAGCAGGAAGGUCGGUCUGUCUGGAUAAAAUGACCAUUGCCGAGAAAUCAGCCGUCACCAAGAGACAAGCAGACCACCAGGAGAAACCAAGUGUGUCAUCAAAGGAGAGAAGUGAAGGGUCAGAGAGAGCUGCUAAAUCUGACAGGAGUGUGUCCAAGGACAGAACAGAGAGGAGUGUGCCCUCAGGAGAGAAACCAGCUGCUGUUCACAGAGAAGUGAAAGAUGGUGAGGGGUCCGUUGUGAAGAGCAAACCCAGGAUCAGCCGAAAGGCUCUGACAAGCCACACUGUGAGCGCCACCAGGUCAACUCAGGAGACAAAGCGGGACUUAGAAAAAGACCAGAAGAGUGCAUCCUCUAAACCUGCAGAGCUACCCCCGUCUAGCCCUGUGAACAGCCGUGGCCGCAGCCGCAGCCGCAGCCGCAGCCGCAGCCGGAGCCCCAGCCCCAGCCCCAGCCCCAGCCCCAGCCCCAGCCCAGUCCCCGAGGAGCCACUCAUCCAGGCUCCCCCUCGUUCCAAGUGGGAGAGAGAGGACGAUGAAGAGGGGCAGGAAAAUGGAGUUAGCGCCCCCAAGGAGCCCUCACCGGUUCCUCAGAGGAGCCGAGGCAGAGAGGCCCAGACUGAUGCGGUUAAACCUGUAAGAAGUGAAACCCGGGAUGCUGUGAGGGAGGAGAGGAGAGGGGGAGGAGGAGGAGGAGGAGGAGGAGGAGGAGGAGGAGGAGUGAGGGAGGAGAAGAAAGGGAGAACACCAAGGGAUGAGGGUAAAGGUGGAAGGGUGGCACAGGCGAAUUCUGACAAACCAACCAAAACAAAAAUUGUAAGGGAGGAGGCCAGAGGGGUGAGAGAAGAAGGGCGAGCUGCAGCAAGAGAGGAGGGGCGAGGAGGAGGCGGAAGAGAGGAGGGGCGAGGAGUGUCAGGGAAGGAGGAGAGAGCAGCAGAAGCCAGAGGUGGAGGAGGACGAGAGGAGAGUCGAGGCCCAGAGCCCAGGAGACAGCGCUUGUGCUCCGACCUGGGUCGUGAGACAGACGAGGCCGCCUUCGUGCCCGACUACAGCGAGGGCGAGGGCUCAGAGCCGGAGAGAGGCAGGAGCGGCAGCCCCAGUCUGUCCCCCAGCCAAGCCUCCCACAGCCCCACCCCCAGCAACAACAGUGACCCGGCAACCGCCUCCACGGGCGACAAGAAGAAGAAGAAACACAAGAAGCAUAAAAAACACAAAAAGCACAAGAAGCACAGUGGCCAGGACAAAGAAGGAGAACACAAGGAGCACAAGCACAAACACAAGAAGAAGAAACACAAAAAGAACAAAGAUAAAGAUGCAGAGGAAGAGGAGGAGAAGGCAGAGAAAGCAGAGGAAGAGGCCCCGUGCUAACAGAGGCUAAGCUAAGCCUGCCUGCCAAAAUCUGUAACCCUCUUUGUUAAUGAGGAGGUAAUGAUGUAUCUAGAAAUAUCGGCUAACACUGGCAUGCUGCUCCAUGUGCCACCUGAGGGGAGCGGAUGAUACUCUAACACUUCAUGUCACCGCAGCUCUCCAAACCUACACAGUACUUCCUUGUGUCUGGACUGCAGCAUCCUGAACGCCGUUGAGGUUUAUUUAAUGUUUAAUGUGAACGUUUUCUGUGGUGACUUGUGGGUCAAAUGAAAAAGGAAAAAAAAACCCAGGAGGUGAUACCAUGCUGCACUAUUGUGAUCAACCCAGAGCCGAGAAGGAAGAGAGAAAAGGACUUGGUGAUGAUAAUAACCGAUCACACAGCCGUGAAUCUCAAUGAUAGGAGUAACAAACUGUACUCAGGGAUGUGAUUGCUUCUUUGUAGAGGAGGAAUUGUUGUUUCUCUGCCUCUGAUUCAUUUGUAAAUAGUGAUGAACUGUUGCUUUACAUGACAAUUUUUCCUCAGUUUGUUUUUCUCACAUCCUCCUGUGCUGUUCGAGGCUUAAAAUACUGGUUAACUCUCACUGCUAUGCCGUUGUAAACUCAUAUUUGAAGGACUGCACUCGCACAUUAACUACAAACCUUAGACUUUCUGUUAUUGCUAACCACUUUCAAAGCUGAUAACCUCAUAACUCACUUUUAGGCAGCCACUGGUUCAGUUUAUGCCUUUUUUUCUAAGUUAAUGUAAAUUUAAAUUCAGGCAACACAAUUCUUUUAAUUAAUUUUUCAUUUCAUAUCUAAGCAACGUUCCUACCAAAUUAAACAUUUAUUAAAUCCAGUAGCUACCUGAGAGAUUAUGAAACUCUUAUGAAAUGGUUAGCAGUAUUUGCAAUUAAUGGUUUAAAUCAGCAGUAUGUUCCUUUAAGUUAAAGCAGAUGUUUAUGCAUUCAGGCUACACUGGAUCAGAUAAAUCUAGGAUGUGUUUAUUAAUAAUGGCAAAUCAGUCUGCAUGUUGUUGUUGUUGUUUUUUUUUUUGUUCCAAAGGUGCAGUGGCUGUCUGUCACAUGUGAGCGAGUGAAUGUGUGUAUGAUGGUGUGAAAGUGAAAUGGGACAAAUUGCAGGACUGGUGCUCUUACAAAUAAGUUGUUCAUUUUUCUUUCUUUUUUUUUAAUUAAAACAUUUUGACCUCAUGAAAA